CAAUUUUUUUCAUCCUUAAACCUAUUUGUUACUUAUACCUUUGAAGUCUUAUUCUUUAUUAUCUCUUCUAUAUCCUUUGUCCAAUUAAAAAAAAAUGGGUGAAAUAUCAGCAGCAUUAUCUAAUGUGUUGAAUAAUGAAAAUGGACAUGUAGUGGGAGGUCCAAGAAAGAGUUGUUGGUAUGAAGAAGAAAUUGAUAAUGACUUGAGAUGGUGUUUUGCUCUCAAUAGCAUUUUGCACACUGGUGCUACUCAAUAUCAAGACAUUCAACUCUUGGACACGAAGCCCUUUGGAAAGGCUUUAGUGAUCGACGGGAAGCUUCAAAGUGCAGAGAUAGAUGAAUUCAUUUAUCAUGAAUGUCUUGUCCAUCCUCCUCUUCUUCAUCAUUCGAAUCCUAGAAGCAUAUUCAUUAUGGGAGGAGGUGAAGGUUCUACAGCAAGAGAAUUAUUAAGGCACAAAACAGUCGAUAAAGUUGUAAUGUGUGACAUUGAUGAAGAGGUUGUGGAAUUUUGCAAGUCAUACUUGGAGGUUAACAAAGAAGCAUUUUCUGAUCCUAGACUUGACCUUAUUAUUAAUGAUGCCAGGGCUGAGCUAGAGAGGAGGGAGGAACAUUAUGAUAUAAUUGUAGGGGAUUUAGCUGACCCUAUAGAAGGAGGACCAUGUUAUCAACUAUAUACAAAAUCAUUUUAUGAAUUUAUUGUUAAACCUAGACUUAAUCAAGGUGGCAUAUUUGUUACUCAGGCAGGACCAGCUGGAAUUUUCAGUCAUACAGAAGUUUUUUCUUGCAUUUUCAAUACUUUGAAACAAGUUUUCAAAUAUGUUGUGCCUUAUUCAGCUCAUAUUCCAUCUUAUGCUGACACUUGGGGAUGGGUCAUGGCAUCAGAUACUCCAUUUGUUGUAAGUGUGGAUGAAUUGGACCAAAGAAUCAAACAGAGGAUCAAUGGAGAAAAUAGAUAUCUUGAUGGCAAAACAUUCACUUCAGCCUCUACAUUAAGCAAAGCUGUUAGAAAUUCAUUGAACAAUGAGACUCAUGUUUACUCAGAAGGGAAUGCAAGAUUCAUUUAUGGACAUGGAAGACACAAUCAAGCAUGACAUGAUGGAACAAAAAAUUGAAAGGGCUACAUGAUUAUUGUAGCACAUUAACAAAAAAAAGAAGUUGGAAUUUGUAUUUUUUUUUUCCCUUUUGUUUUAGUUUUUCCUUAUGGUUUUUGUUAACAAAGUCUCACAUCGGUAAAGGGAUGAGAAAUCGGUCUCCUUAUAUGGAUUUGGACAAAUCUUCCUCAUGUGUUAGCUUUUGAGGCUGCGUUAGACUCACGUGUCAUAUCCUUACAUGGUAUCUGAGUCGGGCUCAUUUCAAUUUGUUGUUCAUCGAUAUUGGGCUUUAUUUAGAAGUGUUCACGCUGGAGGUGAGGUCUGAAGAUGCGGGGGAGUGUUAAGAAGUCUCACAUCGGUAGAGGGAUGAGAAAUUGAUCUCCUUAUAUGAACUUGGACAAACCUCCCCUCAUAAGCUAGUUAUUGGGGUUGAGUUAGUACCAGGUGUCAUAUCUUUACGAUUUUAAUUCAAAGUUAUCUUAGGAUCUUAUGUUUCUUAUAUGUAUUUUUUUUUGUUAUUUUGUUGGAAGUGGUGGGGGUGCUAUGUUAUUACUCUAAUAGAAGGCUUAAUUAUUUAUUUUAAUUUCUUUUUGUUUUUUGAA